CGCUCGAAAACUUGGGUUAGAGACCUCGUUUCUCAGCUGGCAGUUCAGCGGGAAGCCCACUUACUAAAAAGAGAAGCAGGAGAGAAGGAAAGCAUUCCUGGUUGUCCUGAUGCACAAUGUCGGCUGAAAAUAAGCAACAGCCUCUUAAGAAGCCAGCAUUCAGCAAAAAGCAAGCCACUGAAUUGGUCCAAAAGAUAUUCGGAUUAACGGUGUUGGAGCUCAAACCGUUGCCGAGCUAUGAUGAUCAGAAUUUCUAUGUGUGUGCUUCGGCUGCACUCGAAGGGAAAGCAGAGAGCGCCCAGACUUUUCUCCUCAAAAUAAUCAAUUGUGAAGACAGCCAGAACACUGAACUCAUCGAGGUGCAGACCCAGGUCAUGAUAUUCCUGAAUGGCGAGGGCUUUCCCGUGCAAACUCCUCAUUCCACAAAAGAGGGUGGAAUAAUGUUUCUGGAAUCCGUAGACACUGGCUCUGCCAAAAGAGCAUAUAUAGUGCGGCUGUUGAGCUAUCUCCCAGGCAAAACGGUGGCCACGAUCCACACGAGUCCUCCUCUUCUGUAUGAACUUGGGCGGAUGGCAGCCAGGAUGGACAAAACGCUCACAGAGAAAUUCCAGCAUCCAUUGGCAAGAAGUCUCCACCGAGGUGGCUUCAUCUGGAAUCUGGCUAAUGUCCCUCUCCUGGAGCAAUACAUUCAUGAGCUGGGCCGGAGCGAAUAUCUGGACGCAGUGAAAUGGGCCAUUGAUCAGUUCAGGCAUAAAAUAGUCCCAAACCUACACUCCUUUCGGCCCUGCCAAUACUUUUCCAGUCAAAACAACAUCACAAUAAGAAGACCCUGCUGGAUCAGGCCAGUGGCCCAUCUAGGCCACAUCCUAUUCUCACAGUGGCCAACCAGAUGCCCAUUGUGGGAAGUCUGCAAGCAGAAUUUGAACACAACAGCAGCCGCCUCCCCUCCCGCACUUGCAGGUAUCAUUCAUGGAGAUCUCAAUGACCACAAUAUUCUAGUAGAUACCGAUUUUACUUCCCCUAAAGGCUCACAGUACAGGGUGUCUGGUAUUUUGGACUUUAGCGACAUGAGCUAUGGCUACUACGUGUUUGAAGUAGCGAUACUCAUCAUGUACAUGAUGAUUGAAAGCAAGGAACCCCUCAGCGUGGGAGGCCACGUUCUCGCGGGAUAUGAAAGCAUCGUCCCGCUGACGGAGGAGGAGCGAGAUGCCCUGUUUCUCCUAGUGAGUGGGAGGUUUGCUCAGUCUCUCGUGAUGGCUGCCCACACCACCCUCCUGCAGCCCGAGAACGAAGAGUACUUGAUGACCACGUCCAAGACAGGAUGGAAGCGCUUGCUGCUGCUCUUUGAGAUGGGCCAAAAGGCUGUGGAGAUGAUCUGGUUUAACACAGCAGAAGCGUAUGCCAAAAAGGGGCCUUCCUAAAUGUUGGGUUACAUGGUUAUGGGCCGCUCAGAUUUACAGUUUUAAAAUGGGGCUCUGCCCAGAUUAAAGUUCCAGAUGUUAUGAUCAGGGAAUCUAGAAUACUGCUACCUGAAUGAAUUAUGCCAAUACUUACCGGUAUUUAUCCUUUGUAUAAUUUCAUCCUGCUUCCAAAAUCUAUUUUUUCAAAGAAUUUCAGAUUUAUUCCAUUGGGCAGAGCCCACACACAGAGGCCUCUGGAACUUCUGACAAAAACUAAUGCCUGUGUUUGCUUUUUUCCUCCUCCCCCCACAACCCCCUUGCCUUUUGUGCCCUUGAUUGUAAGCCUGUAGGCAGGGACCAGAUUUUUACUGAUUGCUGUAAGCUGCUUUGGAAGCCUAUUUUCAUCUGAAGAGUGGGAUGAAAAUCACUUUAAAUAAAUAUUUUUGGGAAAGCUUA